AGAUUACAUAGUAUUUGUCUUGUGUGAUGAUAUCAUCCAAUCACAAGUGAAAUUGCAAAAAUCAUUCCACGUAAUCAUAGAACAGUCAGAAAGUUGCGGUAUGGAUGGUAUGAAUAGUAAAUUUAGAGGGUAUAAAAAAUAA